AUGCGUUUACUAACUCGUCAUCUGUUAUCUUUAAUUCGUUCACGACGACGAACUUCUUGUUUAUUUAUCAUUAGUAUUUGUCUUAGUAUAGCAUUAUUUUUAUUUAUUAUUAAUCAUAAACAACAAACAAAAAUUAUUUUGAAUGAAAUCGUUACAAUAGAAAAUAGACAACUCAAAUCAUCAAUUAAUGUGACUACAUCGGUUGAAAAAACUAGUCCAAUUCAAAGAAAAAGUACAUGGCCCGUGGAUGAACAAGGUCGUUCAUUAAAAACUAAUUUCUUAGUUCUUGAUUGGAAUGGUUUUUUUGGUUCUGGAGCUAAUGAAGGUGAAGUUGUUCAAUGUCCAUCAUCAAAUACAACAUUUAUGUGGACACAUCAACAAAAUCGAAUUGAUGAAGUUGAUUUUAUUAUUUCACAUGAUGCUCAAGCCGGUGGAAAUCUUCCAUUUGAUCGUUUACAACUUAAUAAUGAUCAACAACAAUAUACAAUGGCAUUUAUUAUGGAAAGUGAAGUACAUUCAUCGACAGGUGAUAAUUGGUCAAGAUUUAAUUUUAAAAUGACAUAUAAUCUUGAUGAUAGUUAUCCUGAACCAGCAACUUAUUUUGAUAUAAAUACAUUUAUAAUUGAUUUACUGACACCACCAGCCAUAUCUUUUGAAAAUAAAGAACAACAAGCGGAUAUUGUUUGGAUUAUUUCAAAUUGUAAUGCUCACAAUGGUCGAGAAGGUUUUGUUCAACGAUUAAUGCAAGAAAUAAAAAUUGAUUCAUAUGGAUCAUGUUUAAAUAAUCGUCAUGGUUAUGGAGCACGUAUGGCUGAUAAUAUUGAUGCAUAUAAAAAAUAUAAAUUUGUAAUAGCUAUUGAAAAUUCUAAUUGUAUUGAUUAUGUUACAGAAAAAUUAGUUAAAGCAGUAGCAUCUGGUUCUAUACCUAUUGUUGCUGGUUAUAAUGUUCGUCCAGAUUAUCAACGCUAUAUGCCUGAACAUUCAUUUAUAAAUAUAUUUAAUUAUUCAUCAAUAAAAGAUCUUGCUAAUGAUUUAAAACGUAUUGGAAAUAAUAAAACAUUAUAUGAAUCAUAUUUAUGGUAUAAAAAACAUGAUAAAGAUGUAUCAAAAUUAAAAGAACUUUCAUUAAAUGAUAAAUUAAAACAUUUGAUUGAUGUUAUUGGUUCAAAUGCAACAAUUAUUACAGAUGGAAUUGUUGGAAAAGAAAAAAGUGAAAAUAAAAUUUGUAAACUUAUUCGAUUUGUUCGUCAAACAUCUUGGCAAGAGAUUGCUGCACAUAAAAAAACAGCAAGAGCUGGCUCGGAAACUUCUUGUUUACCAGGCAAAUAUAUAUUGAAUCAUUUUAGUUCAAUGCAUACUUAA